AUGUCGGCCAAAAUGGUACCAGAGGUCUUUCGGCAUGUGUGGGAAACCUUGAAUGCCAUGCCCGAGGACUCCGACGACGGUGUCAUGAGAGAGAAGGAGCAGAGAAAGAGGAAGCGCAAAAGAGAAGAGCAGCAGGAAGCGGAAGCCGCUGACAUGGCAGCGGAGCGUGCGAAAAGUGCUCGGCAAGAUCAGGUGAUGCAAGAAGCUUUGGAGGAGGAGGAGCACUUGAAGUCCCUUGAAAAGCUGUCGAAGCAGGUCGGAAAGCAGGUCGAAAAGUCCAGAGCUGCCUUCUUUGAGACGUCCAGAGAGGAACAACGGAAGGCUACAGCUCGAGUCGAAGGAGCAAGUCGUUCCGCCCAAUAA